AGUGGGUCACACUGUGCAUAAGAUACCAAGGAAUCAGGCCGGUGGAAACAUGUCUGGAAAACCCAGGCUGCACUACUUCAAUGGACGUGGCCGCAUGGAAACAAUUCGGUGGCUCCUGGCAGCAGCUGGGGUUGAGUUUGAAGAAUCUUACCUGGAAAAAAAGGAGGAUCUGACAAAGUUACAGAAGGAUGGAUCCCUGCUCUUUCAGCAAGUGCCAAUGGUAGAGAUUGAUGGGAUGAAGCUGGUGCAGACCAGAGCCAUUGCCAACUACAUAUCAACCAAGUACAACCUCUACGGGAAGGACAUGAAGGAGAGAGCCCUAAUCGAUAUGUACGUGGAAGGAAUGUUCGAUCUGAAUGAGUUACUCAUGACAUAUGAAAUCCAACCAGCAGACAAAAAGCAGGAACAUUUUGCAAAUAUGAUGGACAAGGCUGAAAACAGAUACUUCCCAGUCUUUGAGAAGGUUUUGAAAGGCCAUGGAAAAGAUUUUCUGGUUGGCAACCAGCUGAGCAGGGCAGAUGUUCAAUUACUUGAAAUCAUUUUAAUGGUAGAGGAGUGGAAGCCUGAUAUCUUUGCCAAAUUUCCUCUCUUGCAGAGUUUCAAAGCAAGACUAAGCAAUAUCCCCACAAUAAAGAAAUUCCUGCAGCCUGGCAGCCAGAGGAAACCACCAUCAGAUGACGAUGUUGUAGACAAAGUGAUGAAAAUUUUCUACUCCUGA